AUGGCAUCCGACGAAAUGGAGACGUACUUGCUCUGGAUUGCAGGAAAGAAUACGGCUGGGACCGGAGAAAUUAUCUCGGUCGAAGACCCUGCAACGGGAGAAGUAUUCUCACAGUGCCAUACUGCCUCCGAGAAGGAUGCUUCCGACGCGAUCGAGUUGGCGGAAAAGGUCUUUCGGUCCGGUGUAUGGUCCAAGAAACCUCGCCAUGAACGUGCCGACGUCCUGGACAAAGCCGCCGAGCUGCUCACCAAAAACCUCCCUGAUCUAAUUGCGUUGGAAGUUAGACAAACAGGUCGAGCUAUCCGAGAAAUGAAAGCCCAAGUUCCGUCGCUGGUUCGCUGGUUCAAAUACUACGCCGCCGUUCUGCGCACAGAGGAAAGACCUGUCCUUCCCACGACCGGAAAGCUGCACAACUGGCUGGAUCGAAAACCCCUGGGCGUCGUGGUGCAAAUAACACCCUUCAACCAUCCCUUGCUGAUUGCAGUCAAGAAGCUCGCCCCAGCUUUGGCGGCCGGCAAUUGCGUCCUGCUGAAGCCCAGCGAGCUUACACCAUUGACCAGCCUCUUGCUGGGCCGGAUCCUGAAAGACGCAGGACUUCCUGACGGUGUCUUCAAUGUCCUUCCUGGCCUUGGUAUUUCCACUGGCAAGGCGCUGGUGAGCCACCCUAUUGUUCGAAAGGUUGAUGUCACAGGCGGGACAGUCGCCGGGAGGGCGAUUGGGUCUAUCGUUGGCGGUAAUCUUGCGCGAUACACGGCCGAACUCGGUGGCAAAGCGCCCUUGAUUGUCUUUGAGGACGCGGAAAUCGACGCUGCCGUUAACGGAAUUGCAUUCGGUGCCUUUGUUGCAAGCGGACAAACGUGCGUCGCUGCCACGAGAAUCAUCGUCCAGUCCUCCAUCUUCGAAGCGGUCAUCUCGAAGCUUCGCUCCAAGGCCGAGUCCAUCGAGCGUCGUAUGGGAUCGCCCAAAAACCCGCAAUCCGCAAUGGGUCCUCUAAUAUCCGCUCGUCAAUUGGCGAAUGUUGAGUCUCUGGUCGGCGAAGCUCUGGAGAACGGCCAUGCAAAGGCAGUAUCAGGAGGUCGGCGUCUUUCGGGGACCUCAGAACUCGAUGGCACGGAGUUUUCAAAGGGGUACUUUUACCCCCCAACCAUCCUCGAAUUUGUUUCUAGCACCAGUCAUUUGCACACCCGAAUAUGGCGUGAAGAAGCGUUCGGCCCGGUCAUCGUCGUGGUUGCCUUUGACACUGAGCAGCAGGCAAUUGAUCUUGCCAAUGACAGCGAGUUCGGCUUGGGAGCAGCCCUUUGGACCAAGGACCUCAGCCAGGCGUUCCGAGUGUCGGAGGAGAUCGACUCAGGUAUCGUUUGGGUGAACACGCAUCAUCGAAAUGAUCCCAGCAGCCCGUGGGGCGGCGUCACAGGCGCGAGCGGUGUCGGCAGCGAGAACGGGCUGGAUGCUUACAAUGCCUAUACGAUGACGAAGAGCACCAUCAUCAACUAUGCGCCCAACGAGGAGACACUUGCAAACGACGAUUGGUUCAGAGAGGAUGAUAAAGAAGUCAGGUACGGUUAG